AAUGAUUAAUAACGGAUUACAUAGCAUAUUGAGUCAGUAGAACCAUCUUCAAUAAAUAAUCAGAAAUUGUUGCUGUCGUCGUUUCAAUCGAUAACCUAAAAGUUCUCUAUUAUGACUUGGCUGGGAACGAUCGCCAAUAACGUUCUUCGGAACAUUGUUAAUGCGGAUGUACAGCCACAUAUAGUACAGGAAGUGAAGCCAGACCAGUAUUGUAAUCGACAUAUUCACUGCCGCGAGGAUGCCAUCGUUCUUUAUGGCCCGGGAACCAGAAAUGAAAAGUAUGAAAUCGUUCUUCAUAGACCUUACACGGAAACGUUGCAUCAGGCGUACAGCUUAUAUAGGUCGGAAGAUAAGCAACAAGCUGAACAGCAUUUCAUUGUGUACAAAGACAAAGUUCCUGUACUCGUCCAAAUUUGUAAAGAGAUGUGUAGUGUGGGUAAGAUACAAAAAAUAUGUGAUACUCUAGUGGAACAUCCUACUUGGACAUUGGCACAUUUGGCAGCGUAUUUCGCCUUAUACAAUGCAUUUACUUAUGCUGUUGUGAACAGCCAGUUAAACAGUGGAGACAUAGAGACUGGAGUAUCUCCUCUGCAAGUUGCAGUACAAACCAAUAAUCUGCGUACAGUACAGAUGCUGAUCGAAGCUAAAAGUUCCUUAGAGCAUCUAGACCAUAAUGCCAACACUGUGUAUCAUUUUGCAGCUACAUCUUCCAAAGAAAUAAUUCUAGCUCUAGGUGGACACCUUCCUUCUAGUUUGAAUAGUCGUAAUAGCAAUGGUCAUACACCAAUGCACGUCGCAUGUUUGAAUAAUAAACCGGAUUGCGUGAAAGCGCUUCUUUUGAUUGGUGCGGACGUGAAUAUUCCUGCGUCCGAGGGAGAACCUUCUAGUCCGGGAUAUGUGGGCGAUCUUCUUCAUAGUAAACCGAACGUUCUUCAUGCCGAAGACAUGAAAUUCGGCGGAACGCCACUUCACUGGUCCCUAAGCAGGGAAGUGAUUAACGCCCUGAUCGAAACUAACUGUGAUAUCGAUGCUCUGAACUUCGACGGUCGGACGGCAUUACACAUAAUGGCAAUGAGGAAGCGUCUACCCUGCGUAGUAGCUCUUUUGAGUCACAUGGCUUCUGUAAACAUCGUGGACAAAGAUGGUAACACUCCGCUACACUUAGCGGUCUCUGAAGGCACACCGGCGAUAGUUCAAAUGCUAAUAGGUUUUGGAGCAGACAUCGACGCUAGAAAUUGGAAAUCUGAGACACCGAGGCAUCGAGUCAACAUGAAAAACAACGACGGUCCGAAGAUUCUGUAUAUUCUGAAUGCGGUUGGGGCUCAGCGCUGUUCAUCUGAUAUGAAUGAGUGCAAUAUAGGCUGCAAGUUCAACGAAAACUUCGAUGGUGUCCCUCCGCAGCAACCUCCCACAGCUGUUCCGCGAACGAUACUAGAUCAAAUGCUUCAUGUCUCCGGCAUGGACCAGAUGGCGUCGCAGAAGAAUAACCGGGUCGAGGGUGGUCGACUGCUUUGUCUCGACGGUGGAGGUAUUCGCGGCCUGAUCCUUGUGCAAACUCUUUUGGAAAUCGAAUCGGUUCUCAAGAAACCUAUCGUAGAAUGUUUCGAUUGGAUCGCCGGUACUUCGACCGGUGGUAUUCUGGCACUGGGCCUGGCGACUGGCAAGUCCCUGCGCGAAUGUCAGGCACUCUACUUCCGCAUCACGGAGCAAGCUUUUGUUGGCAUGCGACCGUACAAUAGCGAAGGUCUGGAGAACCUGUUACAGGAAAGUCUGGGAGCAACUAAGGUCAUGUCAGACAUCAAGAAGCCGAAGGUAAUGAUUACCGGUGUUCUGGCGGACAAGAAACCAGUCGUGCUUCACUUAUUCCGCAAUUACGAUUCUCCGAGUGCACUGCUACAAGUUCAAGACAGUUCGACAUCUAACGCAUAUCUACCGCCGAACGAACAGUUAUUGUGGCAUGCGGCACGGGCAACCGGCGCCGCUCCAUCAUACUUUCGGGCGUUUGGAAAGUUCCUCGACGGUGGCCUAAUAGCAAAUAACCCGACGUUGGAUGCCAUGACCGAGAUUCACGAGUAUAAUCUCGCUUUAAAGGCCAUUGGUCGCGGAGACAUCGCUCCCCUCUCGUUGGUGGUGUCUCUUGGCACAGGGCUGGUCCCUACUAGUCCACUCAAAGAUAUAGAUGUCUUUCUUCCGGAGACUCUAUGGGAUACCGCCAAAUUCGCCAUGGGAAUACGGGUUCUCGCGGAGCUGCUGGUGGAUCAGGCGACAGCCAGCGACGGCAGGGUCGUCGAUCGUGCCAGGAGUUGGUGUUCAAUGAUCGGGGUACCUUAUUACAGAUUCAAUCCCCAACUCUCGCAGGAUAUCGCUAUGGAUGAGAAGAACGACGAAAUCCUGGCCGAUAUGAUAUGGUCGGCGCAAGCGUUCAUGCACGCGAAUAGGAAUCAAAUAAAGGAAUUAGCUGCGUUGAUUAAUCGUGACGUUUAAAAUGUUGCAUAAUUGUUGAUAUUACUUUUGAAAUCGAAGACGGGGAAUAAGAGGACACAGUCCCACUAAAUUAAAUUUACGUCGUUGUGUGGAACGCAUUAUCAAAACGAUCGCUUCCAAUAUGUAGUUACGUGAUAUGUCUAGACUAUAGAUCAUUUUUCAUUAUACACUUAACUGUCGAUCGCAGAUAGCCCUGGGAUUACGCGUAAUUUAUUUAGUUCAAUAUUUGCAGUCCCUCGUAUCCUCAACGCCGUCGUUCUGGUUUUAGAGGGGAUGGGGAGUAGUCGAAAUGCCAAUACUCGCCAUUGUAAGAUAUAAAUAUAAAUUGUAGAUACACCUCGUUGAUAUUAAUAUUAUUCGA